UUCAGAUUCAAUAUGCAAUCAAUCUAGCUGACUUAACUCACAAUCAAUAGAAUCAAUCAAGCAAGCAAGCCUUAUGGCUAAGGUUUAUGCCUCACGGCCAAGAAGAAGCCACACGGCCAUGAGGAAGCCACACGGCCAAAACAGGAAAACAAGCCGCACAACUAAUGAUUCAAUUCAGGAUCAAUGCAUAUAGUUUGUUGUGUAAUUGCAAUCCUAGCAUAGAUGCAUUCUAUCAGUUUAUACAAUGUACUCAACACAAGAAAGCUAAUCGGCCAAGCAAAGAACAAUCAUACUUGAUUUCAAUUUCAAUUUCAAUACCAUCCUAACAUGAGAUUCUAAGAGCAAUUGCAAUCAAUCAAAGUGAUUAGGUUUAGGUAUGAAUGCAACAAGGCCACACGGCCACAAGUAUGAUUAUGUCUAGAACAGUUUAACCUAAUCAUAUAGUUUCAGAUUUUGAUUUUUAAACAAUCUAAACUAGAUCAUUAGGGUUUUGAUUUAAACAAGCCAAUUACUUCAGAUUCAAGAUUCAAGUUUAAACAAUCCUAAUCAUAGUUCUAGAUGAUCAAUCAAUCAAACAAAAUAUUUUUAAAAUCCAAACAAUUAAAAUCGAUUUUUCAAAUUAGGGUUUUGGGAAUUCGAUUUGAUCUUAGAUCAAGGGAGUUUAAUUUUGAGAUUCAAAACCUUCAAGGUUCUGAUUUUAAUUGAUCAAUGGAUCAAAUCUCGAUUUUAGGGUUUGGAUCGAACUUAUAGAGCUUCGAUUUAAUUACUGAUAGGGUAUCGAUCUAUUAUCCUAUGGCUUUCAUCCUUUUAGAGAUUAUAUUUUAAGGUUUCAAUCUUUACAAAAAAAACAGAUUCGAUUCAUGUUUUCAGAAUUCGAAUUACCUUUAGGUUUUGAAGAUUGUAGAACCGGACCACCAAGAGAACCUCGAGCUGGACGGGACGCGAGCUGGAACAAGCUGGAACGCGAGCUGGAACGAGCUAGAACGGACGCGUGCUGAGGCGCGAGCUGGAACGGAACGCGUCUGAUCGGGAACGCGGGCUGUAGCUGUCCGGGAUGUAAGCUGAGAACGGAUGGAGCUGAGGCUGAGUUCGUCUAGUAUCAGGAACGCCUUAGGGCUGGGGCUGAUCGGAUAAACACGAGCUGGAACGCUUGCAAAAACAGAUUAGGAUUCGUCGGGUUCAGAUUAGGGUUCCAAAGCAAAUCGGCGCGCACUGUAUCGGUGCAUGAGGGCGCGUCGGUGGUCAGAUCGACAAACGGUUUGCACAGACUGAUUCGUCUUGGCAAGAGCUUCGAUUUGAUAUCUUGAUCGUUUUCUGGGUCCUCACGGUUUGGGAGAACGACCUCUUUGAAGUUCCGAGGUAGAUUCUUUUUGUUUAUGGUUUUAGGGGUUUAGUUUUAGGCUCAGGGUGUUAGAGGCUAUCGUGCUGAUAACGUGUUGUAAAACGAAGGUUUUAGGUCUGAAUAUUUCUGUGUUUUAUUAAUGAAUAAGAUAUCCCUUUAUAUAAGGGUUACAUGAGAGAUAAAUGGAAAUACAUAAAUGUAAAGAUUACAAAUCAUAAACAUAGAUGAAAUGGGAAAACUAGAAGAAUGGAAAGUCUCUAGCCGACUUUCCCUCUCUCUCCAUGCCGCGGCCGUCGCCUCUCUCUCUAGGAUUUGAGCCGGUUAUGAACAUCCACCAAUUGAUUUAUAACAGUUAAUAUAGUUAUAUUUUGUGAUGUUACUCUACGUUACUCGUAUUGUAAGAAGUGGGAAGAUAUAACCACUAACUAAAGAAAAGACAAAGCUGUAGAAAAAGUUUUAGAAAGAAGUUCCUCUCUCUAAAAUUCUCUCUUUUAAGCUUUUGAAUCUUUAUCUCUUUCAGAGUCUUUGACUCUUUAAAAGAAUUGGAACUUUGACUAGGAUAAAAAAGUUUCUCAGUCAUGAUCUAAUUUUUUAAGGUCUUUUUAUCGUUUUCUCCAAAGAAACCUUACUGCCCUCUUGGGUUUUCUCUUCUUGUUCUAACUUCUUCAUUUUUCUAAAGAUCAUACUGGUUACGGCCAUUUCUUCGGCGUUAGAUAAAGCAGUUCUAGUGAUGCCUUUAGAGGAAGAAGAUACUCCGUUUGAUCUUCCCAAUGUCCCCCAAUUCAGAUCCUGCAAAAAUAAUCUACCAAAAGGUUUCUAAUCCCGACUACCAAAAGGUUUCUAAUCUAAUUCGCGAUAUGCCCCGUAAGUGGCAGAAAUAUGAUUGUGUUCGGGACGUUGCGUUAUAACCAGAUAUUUAAAUUCAACUUUAAGCAUGAAUACAACCUGGAAGAAUUUUAUAAUAAGGGAAUUCACUCUUUCAAUGAUUGGGCUCUGUCUAUUGAGCGUUGGGUUGAAAAACCCUCUCCUGAUUAUCUAAACUUUGUCUGUAUAUGGGUUCUUUUUUGGAACAUCCCGAUCAAUCAUUACACUCCGGAAUAAAUCUCUGCUCUUGGAGGUUGGACAAGUGGUGGAAGUUGCUUUCGAUCCAACUAAACCGCAUAGUAAUGACUAUGAGCGAUUUAAGGUACGUUUUGAUGUUUCUAAACCUCUGCGUAAAUACAAGGUUGUUAAUCUUCCUGAAGGGGGCCAAGCUACCAUAAUGUAUGCGUAUGAAAGGAUUCAUAAAAGAUGUUUCUACUGUUGAAGCUUAACUCAUGAGAAAACGACAUGUCCUUUUAAGCUUAGAUCCCUUCAACAACAUCCAGAGCAGAGUAAUUAUAGUAGGAAAUAAUUGAUAUUUGUUAAAGACAAAGACUUAUUGGAAUCUGAUCCCUUAUUUGGUGUUCUAGAAGACAGUCAAUUGGGAAUCAAUCCAGCUACGGGAAGGCCUAGAAUAGCUGCAGAAGUUCUUGAUGGUAUGAAGCAGUAUAUCUACUUGCUGCUCCAGGUCUUGAGAAAAUUAGGAAAAACUGUUUUUAGGCCAAAAGAAACACUUACAUUAUCCCAUUAGGCUAAUCCAAAAUUUUAAUUGUCCAAUUAGGAAAUGAUCCACUCGCUCAAAAGUCAUAUCUCAGUUUGGAAGCUAUCCUAAUGAUAACUAGAGAGUUUGAUAAAGGGAAGGGUCCAAUUUUUGAGUUUAAGAAUUUGGUUUCUACUGGACUAACAACUCAACCUUCUAGAUAUCAUACCAAGCUCUUGGCCUCAACCGUUGAUGCGGGAAGGGUCAGUAACGAAACUUCAAUACCAGAAUAUUUUUAAUCUGAAGGUUCAGGGAAUAGUGUUUAUGAUGAGUCAACGACAUAUUUGGACUUCUCUUCAGCUAAUUCUAUCAAAGCGGGUGAGGCUGGUUCAUCCAGAACAAGUGUUGGAUUUAAAUCUGGUAAACAUUCGAGAAGAAAUUCCAGAAGUAAACACAAAUCCAAUAAAGUUUUUCUUCAGUUCAAUCAAUUCAGUAAUUUGAGUCCGGCUGUUAAAAGGCAGGCAUAUGAGGAAGAAAAGCAAGGUUCAACAAUAAAGAGAAAGCUUAAUGAGGCGGUCCCAACGGAGGGACUGCCCUAAGGUUAAAGACCCCAGUUGGAAUUGCCAAGGCUUUGGACGUUGUCAGGAUUUGGUAAUUCCUAGUCUCAAGGAAAAAUUUUCCACUUAUUUCUCUGAGAUUUUAUUUCUUACGGAAACCAUGCACAGUAGAGAUCUUUUGGUAGAUAUUCAGGAAUGGUUAGGUUAUAAUAGAGUCUAUACAGUUGAACUUGUUGGUAGAUCUGGUGGCUUGGCUUUGUCUUCUAAAAAAAAUGUGAAGCUUGAUCUAAAGUUUGUGGAUAAGAAUCUUAUAGACUGUUGGGUACAUUUUGACUCUGUUAGCUUUUUAAGGUUUUGUGUAUAUGCAGAUCUCUCAAUCGACCUAAAAUAUGGAAGCGUAUUACAAGGAUUGGUCUGAAUUGUAGAGAGUGUUGGUGUAUUCUAGGAAACUUUAAUAAUAUUUUACAUAAUGGUAAAAAGAGUGGUGGCCUCUUGAGGAAUGAUUCCAACUGCAUUUUGUUCAGUAAUAUGAUAAAAGCCUGUCAAAUGUCUGAAUAACCAAGUUCUGGGAAUGCUCUUACAUGGGGAGGAAUGAGAAAUAAGAUGUGGAUUUAAUGCAACUCGGUAGAUGUUUUGGAAAUAAAGAAUGGAAUCGCUUGCUUCCAGCUUCGAAUCAAAAUUUUUCUAGAGAAAAGAGGAUCUGAUCAUAGGCCAGUUCUGGUGAGUUUGGUUGCUUCUCAAGACUUUUACAGAAGACAAUUAAAAAUUUAUAGAAGAUUUUUGCAACAGCCAGGCAUUAAAAAGCUGUCUUUUAUGGUUGGAAUGGUCCUCCUUCUUUGAAUGGUGUAACAGUGUCUCACAGGAUCCGACUUUGUCGUAAAACCUAAAGUAAGUUGAAAAAGGACAACAACCUAACUCUAAAAGCAUGAUUUUUGACCUGCAAUUGAAGUUAGAGGUGGAGUACUCUUCUACUUUACCUAAUCUCCACAUCAAUUAAAAUUUGAUUUGAUGAAAGCUUAUAAAGAUGAGGAAUCAUAUUGGAGUCAAAAAUGCAAGGAAAUAUGGUCAAAAUCAGGUGAUAAGAAUACUAAGUUUUUUCAUUCCUUUGUCAAGGCUAAUCGACCUAAGAAGUUGAUAGAGAAGCUCAUUGAUGAGCCGGGCAGAGAAUAAAGAUCUGAAUGAUCUAAAUGUGUGGUAGCAGUUAAUUACUUCUCUUCUUUGUUGACAUCUUCAAAUCCAUCGGAUUUCCAUCAUAUCUUCCACAACUUUCAGCCUAGAGUAACUAAUGCAAUGAACUUGGAACUGAUCAAAGAGGAUAAUGCAGCAAAGGUUAUAGAGGCAGACUUUUCAUUCAAUCCCACAAAGGCUCAUGGUGCUGAUGGAAUGUCAAGUCUCUUUUUACAAAAAUUUUAGGAGGUAGUUGGAGGAAAAGUAACUGCCUAAGUCUGUAACUUCUUUCGUACGGGUACCUUAUCUUUUGAAUGGAACUAUACUCAAUUGUGUCUGCUUACAAAUAAGGUUAUCUCCUCUCUAAUGUCAGGCCUAAGACCAAUUAGUUUGUGCUUUGUUCUUUACAAGAUCAUAACCAAGACUUUAUCUCAAAGAUUAAAGCUUGUUCUACCCUUUAUCUUAUCUCCAACGCAGUCAGCUUUUGUGUCUAAGAGACUGGAUCAUGGUUUGUCUAACUUCAGUUACCUACUAUGUCUUGAUCAACGAUAAACCUCAUGGUUUUAUAGUUCCACAAAGAGGCUUAAGGCAGGGAGAUUCCUUAUAUUCCUUCCUUUUUGUUCUUUAUACUGAAGCUUUAAUCCAUUUGUUGAAUCAAUCAUCAGCUCUGCAUACUAUUUUUGGUAUUCAGUUUUCGGAUUCAUGACCUUUUCUUCAUGAUCUCCUAUUUACAGAUGACUAUGUCUUCAUUUGCCAAGUUAACAUAUCCUACGCUAAAGAACUUAGGUGCUGUUCGUUUGGUUGCCGCAGGUACCGGCGGCAGCGGCAGCGUCAACAUUCGGCGUCAACUCCUGUUCGUUUUGUUGCCGCAGACAGCUGCGUCUGACGCCGCGUCCUGCGGCUGACGCCGAUAAAACCUGCGGUCGCGACAUAAAACCUGCGGCCAAUAAGGUAAUUUACUAUUUUACCCUUACUAUGUUUUAGUAUUUACAAAAAACCUAAACCUAAACUUGACGCAGUCGGGGAAAGUGACGCAGCUCCAUCUCUAUCUCUCUCUCUCGAUCUCCAUUCCUAGAACCAGUGAAGAUCUUGAGAGCUCUCUCCAUCUCAAGCUCUCUCUCCAUCUCGAGCUCCCUCCAUCUCAACCUCUCUCUCCAUCUCGAGCUCUCUCCAUCUCGGGCUCUCUCUCCGUCACGAGCUGUAUCCAUCUCAGGCUCUCUGGCUCUCCCUCUGUCACGAUCUGUCUCCAUCUCGGGCUGUCUCUCUUCUCUGAAGAAAACCCAUCUCCGAUCUCAUCUCCAAGCUCUCUUACCCAUCUCCGAUCUCAUCUCGAAGCUCUCUUACCCAUCUCUGAUCUCAUCUCCAAACUCUCUCAUCUCCGAGCUCAUCUCAUCUCCAAGCUCUCUCUUCUCCUUUUCUCGUUGAGGUACGUUUGAUGCUAGUCAAAUAGAGUUUCAACAUUCUGAUUAUUUGAAUCUCUGAUGAUUGUUUGAUGCUCCCUAGUGAGUCUUUUUGUGAUAUAUCUUUGGUUUCAUUGUGAAAGAGGCCUAGCUGUAACUCCCUUUCUUUACCUUCAUGGUUCCAUUGCUGGUCUGUUCUUUUAAUAUAAACGAUGGGUUGUCUUCUGAGUGUAGCUUUUGGGGUUUCUAAAUUUAAAGUGCAGGCUACAAAAACAUCCUAUUGUAGUUAGUACGUAUUGGUUUACGAGUCUGCACUCAUGGGGAAGCUUAAAGGGUUGCUUCUUAGUAUUAAAUUGUUUUAAGAAGUUAACAUAUGCCGAGUCAAGUAGAAGUUAAAUUGUUUCUGUUUCCUGGAACAUUGUUGGAACGUUGUUUGGUCUUAUUUGGAGAAAGUAGACGGCUUGACUUGAUUUUUCAAUUUUUUAAUAAUUUGUGUGUGUUUAGGGAACACUCAACGUAUGCUUCAAACUGUGGAUUGUGAAUGAUUUUUAUUUAUGCUUUUCUUCCAUAUUUGUUUAAAAUUUAUAAAGUAUUUAUUGAUCAUAAGAUCUUAUGUGUUUUGAUUCAUUGAUCAUAAGCUCCAUUUCUCUGCAUCUUUUUGCAGGCUCUCUCAUUUCAGGCUCCAUUGAUCUCAGGUUUGCUCAGACCUAGUGGAAAAGGUGACUAACAAGUGCAAAUAUAUUUUACUACUUGUUCCAAAACGUGAACACAUUGCUUAUUCUCUUUUUUUUUUUUUUGCAGACUCAGAUCUUCUCAAGCUCAUUCUCUCAAGCUCAGACCCUCUCAAACUCACUCUCUACUGCUGUUCCUCUCACUUUUUAAGAUGUCGACGUCAAAAGAUAUGCUUGAAAGAUGGAUGUUGGAAGAUGAAGAUGGUGAUUAUGAUGAUGAACUUGGUUUGUUUGAUGUGGCUAUUACCGAGAGACUGAGUCAUAGAACAGAUCGAGGAGCAGGAUGGCGUUAUGUUCAACAACUUAUGUACGAAUCUGAUCAGCAAUGUUACGACAUUCUGCGCAUGAAUCAAAGGACGUUUGAAGCUUUGUGCAAGAUGCUAGCUCAGCGAUAUGGAUUGGAAGAGUCUCACCAUGUCUACCUUGAGGAAUCUGUUGCGAUGUUUCUCGAGACUGUUGGUCAAGAUAAGACCAAGAGGGAUAUUGCUGCAAGGUAUCAAAGAUCAUUGGAUACAGUACAAAGAAAGCUUGAUGAAGUCUUGAGUGCUCUUCUCAAGUUUGCAGAGGAUACACUAAAACCAGAAGAAGGCGAGUUUGCAAGAGUGAGUCCUGUUUUGAGAAACGAUGAUCGGUAUUGGCCUCAGUUCAGAGAUUGUAUUGGAGCACUUGAUGGAACUCAUAUCCCGGUUCGUCCUCCAAGUCAGAAUGCAGAUGCAUACAGAGGCAGAAAGCAAGAUCCUACAAUGAAUGUUCUUGCUAUAUGUAACUUCGAUAUGAAGUUCAUAUAUGCAUAUGUCGGUGUACCUGGUAGAGCACAUGAUACCAAGGUCUUGACUCAUUGUGCGAGAAACGAGGCUUCUUUUCCACAUCCUCCCCCCGGAAAGUAUUAUUUAGUUGACUCCGGAUAUCCGACCAGGACAGGGUAUCUUGGUCCGCAUCGUAAUAUGCGAUAUCAUCUUAGUCAGUUUGCUACAGGAGGACCACCAGUUAGUGCAAGAGAGUUAUUCAACCGAAAGCAUUCAGGUCUGCGAUCAGUGAUUGAGAGAACAUUUGGAGUAUGGAAAGCAAAAUGGAGGAUUUUGGAUCGUAAGCAUAUCCUACGCUAAAGAACUUAAAAGAAUCUUGAAAGUGUAUGGAGAUGCUACAAGGAAAUUGGUUAAUUCAAGUAAGUCCUCCAUUUCAUUCGGAUCAAAAGUUGCUGAUAGUACAAAAGAGGCGAUUAAGGGGUCUCUGAAAAUUGAAAAAGAAGGUGGAAUGGGUUCAUAUUUGGGUCUCCCUGAAUGUUUUAAAGGUUCAAAGGUAGACAUGCUUAGAUAUAUAAUUAAUCCCUAAAGAAUAGAUGCUCAAGUUGGUUUGCUAGAAUAUUACCACAAGGUAUAUGGUAAGGAUAUUCUCAUUAAGACAUUAGCUUUAGCUAUGCCUAUUCAUGUUAUAUCUUGCUCUAAAUUACCUAAAACACUUGUGAUUUUAUGGUUUUUACGAUUGCUAAUUUCUGGUGGAGCUCCUCAAAGGAUAAAAGAAAGAUUCACUGGAUUAGUUGGGAUAUAAUGUGUCUUUCUAAAAAGGAUAGUAGAUUGGGAUUUAGAGUUAUUGAUGUGUUCUAUCAAGCUUUGCUAGCUAAACAGGUUUAGCUUAUUUUGCAAAAUCCAGAUAGCUUGUCCUCUCGGCUUAUGAAAAGUAGGUACUUUGCAAAUGAUGACUUUAUAUCUGCUUUUCUUUCUUCAAGACCCUCUUUGUUUGGAGAAGUAUAUUGCAUGGUCAGUAUCUCUUAACUAAAGGUCUCCAUAAAAUGGUUGGAAAUGGGUGAUCUCUUCAUGUAUGGACUGAUCCUUGGAUCAGAGAUGGACACUGAGUAGAACUUUGAUGAAAAAACCGAUCAUAGAUAUUGAUCUCAGAGUGUAUGAUCUGAUUGAUUAUGAAAGAAAAUACUGGAUCAAACAUAAGCUAGAUGGCCUCUUUUUCCUUGAAGACAUUAAGCGCAUCUUAAAAACAAGACCAGUGAUAUCUAAGGAUGAUUUUUGGGUAUGGGGACAUAACAGAAGUGGUGAAUAUUCGGUCAAGUCGGGAUAUUGGAUGAUGAAUCAGAUUACUAAUGCUCAGUCACAUUUGGAAGCUUCUGCGCUACCUUCAGUCAAUGAUCUUAAAGCUCUAGUUUGGUCUUUAAAACAUCUCCUAAGAUAAAGACCUUUCUUUGGAAAGUUCUUUCAGAAACUCUUCCGUUGGCUGACAUGAUCAUAUCCAGAGGGAUGAAAGUUGACUCUAGAUGUCACGUUUGUGGGGGUGAAAGGUGAAUCUGAAAACCACCUUCUGUUCUGGCUCGAAAAAUUUGGGCACUAUCACACUUUCCUAGGCCACAAACGGACAUCCCCACAGGUUGUCUCUUCUUAGAUUUUCAUCAUAGCCUUAAAGCAAGUAAGUCUUCAUCAUUUCCCUCAGAAAUUGCCAGGAUGUUUCCUUGGAUACUUUGCAUAUUUGGAAAAGCAGAAAUACUUCUCUUUGAAGGAAAAAAUUUAUGUCCUUCAGAAACCCUUAAAAGGAUAAGAGAAGAUGUGAAUGCUUGGUUUUUUUGCUCAAACGGUUGAAGUAGAACAUGAUCAUCACCAAUUUUUGUAUAAUGCUCUUUCACAUAGAAUAUGGAUUCUUCUUACACCUUUCUGGAUCAAGUACAAUCUUGCUUACUCUUGGGAUAAACAAACUAAUUUAGUUGCAGUUUCAUGGUUGCUGAGGAAUCAUAUCGGAAAAGUUCUCUUGCAUAGUAGACAUGUUAUUGCUGGUAUUGGUAGUCUUGCAGAAGCAAAUCUUCAACUGUGGGCUAUUAAUAGUAUGUCUAAUUUAACCUAUCUCAGGUUAUUUUUGGUUCUGAAGCUUCUAAAUUGAUUGGUGAUGUUCGUCGUCUGAAAGCAUGCCCCUCAUUUGCAUUCUAAGCGUCAGAGAUCAAUUUGGCCUUAUUGAAUAUUCAAAAAUGGAGACUUCAAGCAGAACCAGCUGAGACUAAUCAUAGUGCAUUUCUCAUUGUUCAAAGUUCUUUUUGGUUCCUGGAUACACUCUUAUAUCACUUUCGGUUUUCUUAUUUGGCUUAAGAAGACUAGAUAAUGAUAUGGUUCCUGUCUAAUUAGUUAUUUAGAGUUUGGUUAAUGCAUAUUGGAUCCUCGCUUAUUUGAUGUAUUUUUGGUUUCUUUGUAAUGUUUUUCUCUUGCACUUGUUACUUUGUUUAUAAAAUUCUAGUUUACAAGAAAAGACAAAAAAUAAUUA